GGUUGAAGGAGCUCGAGCGGCCGGAGGCCGUGACUCCCAACGGUCACUGUGGCUGACUGAUGUGGGGGCCUGUGGGCCGGGGCCGAGCCGAGACAGCGCGAGCACCAUGGAGAGUGGCAUCAUAGCCCCGGGGCCCUACAGGGCAACCAAACUGUGGAAUGAAACUAUCAAGCUUUUUCGAGGAGGAAUGCCCUUAAAGAAGCAUCGACUUCAUUUUCGUACCUAUGGCCAUUGUUUUUCUGCCUCGGAGGGUGUUGAUUGCUUACAUAAACUACUUAGAUGCAACCACAACUUUGGUUCUGAAGUUACUCGCAGCCAGACUGUACAGUUACUCAAAAAGUUUUUAAAAAAUCAUGUGAUUGAAGAUAUAAAGGGAAGAUGGGGAAAAGAAGACUUUGAAGACAACAAUCGCCUGUAUAGAUUUCCUCCAUCAUCUCCUCUUAAGCCCUAUCCAAAAAAGACAACACGUUUAGUCCGUGACUUAAAUCCCAUAUUUCCAGACUGGAAUGACUACGAUGUUCCAAGACAGGGUCCUGUCCUGGUGAGACCUGUAAUUUUGAAUGCUGAUUUGUGGCAGAAGCGGCACAGCAUUGCAAUUGGGGAAGUACCCGAGUGUCGAAUAAUAUACAGGAAAGAGAUUUCAAAAGGAACUAUGGAAGAAAUUUGGAAAUCAAUUACACUAUCAAAGUUGCAGAAGAUCCUAGGGCUGGAUUCCCUGGAUGGAGUGCUUGAUGCUAAACUAGUCAACCCGAAACACAUCAUGUAUAAUGUACAUUAUAUUAAUAAGCAAGGAAUAGUAAUUCUAGAGAACAAAUCAGAAGAACUUCCACAUUGGGUUCUGUCAGCAAUGAGGUGUCUUGCAAACUGGCCAAAUGGAAGUGAUCUAAACCAGCCUAUGUAUCCAGGAUUUGAAAGAGAUGUGUUCAAAACCAUAGCAGAUUACUUUCAGAAGUUAAAGGAGCCAUUGCUCACAUUUGAGUUUUAUGAACUCUUCAUCAAUAUAUUAGGUCUUUUGCAACAACAGCAUGUUGGUAUCGAAGCACUGCAGGUUUGUUGCCUCCUCUUACCUCCGGAAAAUCGUCGAAAGCUUCAGCUUCUGAUGAGAAUGAUGGCUCGAAUUGUUCAAAAUACUGAAAUGCCAGCUCUACACAAUGCUAUUGGAGCUAGAAUGCUGAUGGUUCAAACUUUCUCUCGUUGUAUCCUCUGUUCCGAGGAUGAGGUGGAUCUUGAUGAGUUGCUAGCAGCUAGACUAGUCAGCUUUAUGAUGGAUCAUUACCAGGAUGUUCUAAGAAUUCCUGACCAUCUGCAGGGUGCAGUAGAGGAACACUUGGCUCACCUCCGAAGAGUUCAGAUAAAGUACCAAGGCGCUGAUGCUGAUGCUACACUAGCUUCCUACUCUUGCCAUCAGAUUAUUGCUGAGGAAUUUAAGGAACCAAGAACAAGUGCCCAAAAAUCAAUUGCUUGUUUGCUGGAAGAAAUAAUAAUGGACAAAAGCACGUCUGUCAAAGAGAAAAAGAGGAAACUAAAGCAGUUUCAGAAAUCUUAUCCUGACGUAUAUCAAAAUCGAUUUCCAACAACCGAGAGUGAGGCACUGCUGUUUCCUGAAAAACCAAAACUCAAACCACAGCUCAUGUUUUUCACCAUGAAGAAGUCAUUCCAGCCAUUUCAACGAACCCGGAGUUUUCGGAUGUAAAAUCUUAUUGCUGAGGAUUGCUGCUGCUGCCACUAGAAGAUUGUCUCUAAAUGUCCUCAAUUUUCAAUUAUGUCAGGAGAUUUGGAGCUGUUGAAUGCUGAAAAUAUCCAUAUUGCUGUAUCUGAAAAUAUCCAUGUUACUGUGUAUGACCCCUUGCAAUGUUAUGUAGAUUGUAGUUUCCAGAAUUCUUGUUGCGUGGUAGAUGUGCAAGGUUAAUUGAGUCUGAGACUUAAUGAGAAAAUAUUCACUGGAUACUGCACAAAAACAUUUUAGUCUGAUUUGUAUCCAUUAAGUGGUAAGGUCAAACCUUUUAUAAGAGAUUUAAAACUAAGGCAGAAAUGGAAUUUUUUUUGAGUAUUGUAUGAUUAUUGCUGUAGUUACUGAGAAAUAAAUAAUCGAGUUGGUGUGUUAGGGGUCAGCUGUUAUUUACUGAAUCUUGUGGGUUUUUUAAGCAGGACUUGACCAUAGCUAGAUAAGAGUUAGUUAUACCAUAGUUAUUUGUUUUAUGUUACCUGUACUGUGUUAUGUUUGGACCAGAUUUGCUUCAAUGGAUGUUGAAUUAAAUUCUAUUGCUUUGGCUGACAGAAUGGACAAUCCUAUUGUUCUUACCUAAAGAAGAGCAGAGUAAACGAUUGCCAUGUGAAGUUUAGAUAAAAGCUUAAAUUUGGUAUUGGUGUAUAAACAUCCAAUGUCAAUAUUGCCUAGAUGUGUCACAAGAGGCUCGAUUCUGAGGUCAUGAUGAACUAAGUCAAUGUCUGAAUUGAGGCUUCAGUGACUCUAGCUAUUUCUCUUCAGCAAUAAAAUUAACGUAAAUCAUCAAUUUAUUGAUUAUUCCAGGGAUUACGAGUGACCUUUAUUGGUAUUAACUGACCAUAAUGCCCAUCUCUGUUCAGGAAAUGUUGCACCAUUGGAAGGUGAGUGACAGGAGUAAAGAUUUUUUUUUGCUCUGCUCUUGAGUGCUUAAAGUGGUAGAGAAAUGUGUAUGUUAUCACUCAAUUUGAUUUCAACACCACCAGCUUUAAUGGCCUUUUAUUUUCUCAAUACACUAGUUGUUGACGCUCAGAAUAAAAGACCCUCCAGGUUCCUGGUCUGAACCUACAAUUCAUUUAUCUUGAACCAGCCUUUAUUAUUGUAGAGUGUAAUUUUAUUGUUGGUCUGAAACAUUUCUUUGUGUUUCUUCCUUUCUCCUCCAUCUAACUUUGCAAAACCCGUUUGCCUUUACUUUUUCUGUACAAAAGCCCCAAAUAAAGAUUGACCUCUGGGCCUGGGAAACCACUGUGCAGUAGCUUAAUGUAAAUAGUUUUAACUUUCAAUGUUAAUUACCACCAUGUUGUGUGCAAAAGUGAUUUUUAAAAAUUAGUUUACUACUUGAUAACCAUUUUUCCUCUUUUGAGAGUUUGUACAGCUUAUAACAUUUACUGUAUUUUUAAUUUGGAGCUGCAAAUUCUCUGUAUUUGAAGCCAGUAACUAAAUGGUGCCAUCUACUGUCAUCAGUUGCCCCCACUUCAUAUAAGUUGUUUUAUUACUUUUAUCGUCUUGUGUAUUUUCAUUUUAUGUGUUAUCUCAGAAGUAGCCUACAUAAUUUAUACCAUAUUUUGAUAAUAAUCCUUGUAUUUGAUAUUGCGCCUUAUGUCUUCG